CUGUACUCAGACUGCAUCGACACGAAAGGCUCCUUGGGCGCCAGGCGCUCAUACAUCGCAGUCGAUACUAACCACCACCAUGACCGGCCAGCAUAAGCGGUGUUCUUUGUCGUGUGGGUGAAAGACGCCGGAACGGUGCAACGACGUCAUAGCCGCAAUUACCCCGAUCCGAUCGCGACCAUCGACUUCGCAUUAGUUGAUUCCAAGUCACGGCGGUCCCCCAGUGUCAACCCCCUACAGGCCGUCGAAUCUACACAGACUGGCCUCAAGCAGCAAUUAUGGAUAAAGGUUUCGGACAAGAUGAUGCGGUGGGAGGGGCAGAUGGCGAAUUGGACGACCCGAACCAGGUGGAGGUUGUGCUAUACCCGGAGUCCAGCCACCGUCGCAAGUCGUCCCUGGUCAUGGCGGACGACCCCAAGACACGACCGAACCUCUCGUUUCCGGACGAGACCACCGCGUGCUUCGUACAUUCCCUGAUCGCGGGCGAAUGGGGGGACCCGACGAACCGAGUCAAGGAGGUGAAGGGCUGCACGGCUAAGGACAACGAAGCGCUGAACGACGACGCAUCGGAUGACACCGAGAACGACAUGUCGGUGGCCGAGAAGGCCAUGAUGCAGUCGCGGCACCUGACUAAGAAGCAGCUGUCGGACAUGGCGUGGAACGUGCGCAAGCUGUCCAAGAAGCUGGACAGCGUCAAUCUUCGCCUCACCGUCAAGACCGUCUUCCUGGUGACCAAGGCCGGCGACCAGUCGGUGAUCGGGUCGACGAGGGAGGUGGCCCGCUGGCUGCUGUCCAAGGAGCGCGACACGCCGUAUAUCGUCUACGUGGAGAAACGCCUGGAGUGCGACCCGGAGUUUAGCGCGACGCAGAUAAUCAAGGAUGAGCCGUCGGCGAAGCACAGGCUUAAGUACUGGGACCAUAACCUCGCGGCGGAGCGUGCCCACCUGUUCGACUUUGUGAUUACCCUGGGAGGCGAUGGCACAGUGUUGUUCACAAGCUGGCUGUUUCAGCAUGUCGUGCCCCCCGUGCUCUCCUUCGCGCUUGGGUCGUUGGGCUUCUUGACGAAGUUCGACUUCAAUCAUUAUCAGAAUAUCCUGACGACGGCCUUCAAGGAGGGCGUCGUGGUCAACCUGCGACUACGAUUCGAAUGCACCAUCAUGAGGAGUAACCCGCUACCGGACGGCUCGCCGGCGAACGCCACGAAGCGGGAUCUGGUGGAAGAACUGAUUGGGGAGGAGGCUGAGGACACAUUGACACAUAGGCCUGACAAGGUCCUUCAAAUAUUGAACGAUGUUGUUCUGGACAGGGGGCCUAACGCAACAAUGUCCUCGAUCGAGCUGUUUGGGGACGAUGAGCAUUUCACUACGCUCCUUGCUGACGGUGUCUGUAUAGCUACGCCUACGGGGUCGACCGCGUACAACCUGGCAGCUGGAGGAUCUCUCUCGCACCCAGAUAACCCGGUCAUCUUGAUCACCGCGAUCUGUGCUCAUACGCUAUCGUUCAGACCCAUCAUCCUACCAGAUACCAUCGUCCUUCGCAUGGGAGUGCCGUAUAAUGCCCGGGCCAGUUCAUGGGCCAGUUUUGAUGGCAGAGAGAGGAUCGAAUUACACCCAGGAGACUAUGUGACCGUGUCCGCAUCCCGAUACCCAUUCGCCAAUGUGUUGCCCAAGGGUCGACGAGGCGACGACUGGGUCCAUACUAUAUCAAAGACACUGAAUUGGAACUCGAGACAAAAGCAGAAGUCCUUGGACCCACCACAUCAUGAUAAGAGUGGAAAAUAAGCGAUCCAGAAAGGCUCAGGCCAGGCUCUGAUCCAGCUUCUGAUACAUGAAAAAAAGAUCACUUGGCGACAUUGAUAUUAUUAUUAUUUUAUUUUUAUUUUUUUGGCGCGGCGCUCUGCGACCAUACAUAUUGAUCAAAUUGGAGGACGCUGUAUAGACAAGAUGUUCUAGAUAAUUUUCUCAUGUAAUAACAAAAGC